CAUUCAGUAUUCAUUCUUGAGUUCAUACUAGAAGUACUACAGUAAUCGAAAUGUCUGGACGUGGUAAAGGAGGUAAAGCUAAAGGAAAGGCCAAGAGCCGAUCAAGCCGUGCUGGACUUCAGUUCCCAGUCGGUCGUGUUCACCGAUUCUUACGAAAGGGUAACUAUGCAUCCCGUGUCGGAGCCGGUGCCCCAGUCUACAUGGCUGCCGUACUCGAGUAUCUCACUGCUGAAAUCUUGGAGUUGGCUGGUAACGCUGCCCGUGAUAACAAGAAGAGCAGAAUCAUCCCCCGUCACCUUCAACUUGCCAUCCGUAACGAUGAAGAGUUGAACCGUCUUCUCGGAAGUGUGACCAUCGCACAAGGAGGUGUACUACCAAAUAUACAGGCUGUACUCUUGCCAAAGAAGACCCAGGCCAAGUCAACCAAGUAGAUUUGAUCAAACAUUAAACCAAACGGCUCUUUUCAGAGCCACCAAAUAAACGAAAGAGAUUUGAGUUUAUCUUGCUUGUAAUAUUAUACCUGUAUAUUGAUUGUUUUCCUGCAAUAUUCCCUUACCACAAAUGGCGCAUUUUAGUAACUUGCAGUCUCGCUCUAAGUACACUAGGUUUAGCUUCGAGUACUAAAUGUGCAUUAGCGCCAUAACAUAAUUUAUAUGUCAUGAAGGAAUACGUUUUUCUACAAUAUUGUUACUAAAUAUAAUACUCUAACCUUUCAGUCUCGCUAUUUAAAUAGGCCUACACUAGGUUUAGGUUCGGAUCUAGGCCAGAUUGUCGAGUCCAGUUUCCCGACUCAAAAACCAUGAGUCCCAGUUUGCCGAAAGAGUCAAUUAGCUAUAAGCAGUAUGCAUUAACAAAGCAUAAAAUUCACGACGUAUUCCUGUAAUAAAUUGCGGCUUAUUGUAGUUUACGGAUAUUUUUGUUUUAUUGUGUAAAUCAGACUUGAUUACAAUUCGGCUAUCAGCAAAAACAAAAAAGAAUAAGCCUAUCAGGUAAUGUGCCUUAUAACGAUAUUUCUAAUAAAUACAGUUCAACUAAUAUAGUAAUAUGUAGACCUAUAAAGGAAAUUUAAUCUUUCUUUAUAAUGUAAGCACCUUCAGUAAUAGUACUACUGAUUUUCAAAGUGGUAGGUACAGUGACGAGAAACAUACAGUACAGUGUAAUAAACAUCGAAUAAAAAAUUAAUAAAAUUAAAUGUUCAAACAUUAUUUUUAAUGGUUUUGGAAAGAAAAAGUUGACAUCUCUUCGACAUUAAUUUUUAAUAUGUGUGGUAGUUCAUUCCAGCCAGCUUUGGGAUGAAAUAAAUUAAUAAAUAAUAUCUACAAUUAUACACACGUGCCAGCGGUGGCUCCAGAAAUUUGCCGACAGGGAUUCUGAAUCAAGGAACCGGCUAGAGCCUCGGUCAGGGCCCUGACAAAAAAAAAUUCCCUGGCGGAUGCUUGAUCCUUAAUUUCAUUUUAUUGAUAGUCAUGCCUUCAAAUGUGUUUUCCCAUUGUUGCUUUCCAGUAUUUUGCCUUUUAAUUUGCAUAUAAAUACGGCUCCUCGUUGACCCACCCAUCUUUUUUCAAAAUCAUAGUAUGCUGUACUUUCGUUGUAAACGGUGACGGCAAGAUUGGGCAAACUGGGAUUUCAGCAAAGUGGCUAUGGACUCGGCAAACUGGGUUUCGACAAACUAGUCGGAUACCGUACCUUAGGACCAUGAUAUGAAACACCCACAAUUAGCAAUGUAAUUCUUAUUUUUAACAUCCAUGUGGACUUACUAAUACAAGACAACACUUACUUUAUACAAUAUCGAUUUCCAACUCAAACGUAUAGUAUAAACACAAGAUCGGUGGUAUAAACUACAGUAGCUACUGCUGCUACUACUAGAAUUCACAUGAAUUAACUUAGGCUUAGGCCCCAUAAAAAAUUAUUAGUUUAUCACCCUAUCAAAAAAUAAAAACUGAUGAGGGAGGGAGGUUUGUUUUUUUUUUCCCCUUUUUUUUAAACCUAUGUUCACAAGAAAAUCUAUGGUUAGGGACACAUAUAUAAA